AAGAGGGAGGGGGGUGCACAGGUAAAGGUGAUCUGUCCCGUCGUGUCUCCUCCUCAGGAAACGCUCCGAGGUGCCGGCGACUCCCUUUGUUUUUCUCCUUUUUUGAGCCAACUGCGUAAACAAAAGGAAAAUGGUGAAUCAAGAGGAGGAGUCAGCCAACCGGCCUGACAACACCGCCUUCACUCAGCAGAGGCUUCCUGCAUGGCAGCCCAUGCUCUCUGCUGGCAUUGUCAUCCCAGGUUUUGUCAUCAUUGGCCUGGUGUUCAUCGGCAUUGGCGUCGCCCUCUUCGUCACUUCACAGAGCAUCACAGUGUUGGAGAUCGACUACACUGGGGUUGAGAAAAACUCGCCAUGCUUCCAGUGCUCCAACACAGAUGUCAAGAACUGUGUGUGCAAAGUGGAAUUCUCCAUUGACAAGCUCUUUGAGGGCCCCUUGUUCUUUUAUUAUGGCUUGUCCAACUACUUCCAGAACUACAGAAAGUACGGUGCGUCUAAAGAUCUCUCCCAGCUGUCUGGAGACCUGCAAAAUUUUAAUGAUCCCACUGAUGAAUGUGCUCCAUAUGCUUAUGACAAUAAAAAACCAAUUGUCCCAUGUGGAGCAAUAGCAAACAGUAUGUUCAAUGACACCUUCAAGCUGUAUCAGAUGAUCAAAGGGACGAAAAAGCCGGUGACCCUGGAUGGAAAGGGGAUCGCUUGGUGGACGGACUACAACGUCAAAUUCAGAAACCCCUCGGUGACCCCUCUGAAAAACGCCUUCAACGGUACUACGAAACCCCCGUAUUGGCCCAAGCCUGCUUACGAGCUGGACCCCACGGACCCAGCCAACAACGGCUUCAUCAACCAGGACUUCCUGGUGUGGAUGAGGACGGCAGCCCUGCCGAAUUUUAGAAAGCUGUAUCGACGGAUCACAGAGGGCGAUUAUGCAAAGGGUCUGCCAGCUGGGAACUACUCUCUUGAAGUUGCCUACAAUUAUCCUGUUCUGGGUUUCGGUGGUAGAAAGACGGUGGUGUUCAGCAACGUGUCCUGGAUGGGUGGCAAGAACGAGUUCCUGGGUAUUGCCUACCUCGUGAUUGGUUCAUUGUGUGUCUUCAUGUCCAUUGUCAUGCUCAUCGUCUACGCCAAAUUCAAGUUCCCUGAAGAUGAAUAAUCCCCUGGUCAUGGACUUUAAUUGAGUUUAAAUACUUUUCCAACAAUUUUUUUACUCAUUUAGAUGAUGACAGCACAGUUCAGUGCUGACAUAAAGAGGAGUAUACAACUAGACUCCACUUAUGAACUGAGACCACAGAACCUGGCAGUUAUUUUUGUGAGAUAAGACUUAAAUUGAGACUUAUUGUACAUAUGCUCCUGUGUAAAUUAUAAAAUGAGGAUUUUCCAGUUUAAGCAGUUUAUAUACCUCUGGUUAAUUAUUUUACCACAGGUUAGGGGUACAGCAGGGUGUGUCGUAUUUCUUAAACCUUGUUUUUCAUCAUUACAAAAUCAGCUCAUGAACUGCCUGAGAUGUCAAAAAUAAUGUCAAAGCCAUAAAUCAUUUGAUAAGCUACUUGACUCUGGAAAAGUAGUUACAUUUUACUUUGUGUAUGCUGUGUGUAUUGUAAUUGUAUUUGUUGCUCUGCUAUCUCAGGGAAAUGGUUACAAGCUGUUUAGCUCAGUUUUACCUAACUACAUUUUUACUCUUCAUGCUUGUAUUUAUUUAAUAAAACUGCACCAAAACA